AGGAGGAUUCAACAGUGAGUGAGGUACCGAAAGGAGAGGAGGAAGCCGUCGUGGCCGUUGCUGCUGUUGCUCUUCAGUCGAGAGACUCGUGUUUCGUGUCCUACGUUUUACGCGUUACGCGUUAGUAUAGUUCAUAUUUGGUGUGUCUGACAGUCGAUAGAAAUAAUUAUUUUUUUCUGAAGAAAAUACAAAGAAAGAAAGAAAAUGAGUGUGUGAGAGAGAGAGAGAGAGAGAGAGAAAGAGAAAGAAAGAAGGAAAGAAAGAAGAAAAGAAAGAGAGUAAAAGAAGAACAUUAUCAUUUGGACAAUCAUUGUCUUUCUCUUUCUUUUAAUAUCGUUUAUCGAUUUUCUUCGGCAAAACGAAACUCUUCCAUUAUUUUCAAACGGCCCUGCUGUUCCUGCUGUUAUUACUGACCAUUGCUGUGAUUCGAUGCAAGUUGGCAAACCAACGUGGAAAAGUAGUCAGAACUGUACAGCUGUCAGACGAGACUACUCUCGAGUUCUCUAUUCGUCUCUGUCUUUCUUGCUUGCUCGAUUCUCUCCCGUCCUCCCCCCUCCUCUCACCCUUCCUCCUACCCUCCCUCUCCUCACCCCACUUCGGGUUCACCAUCUCACUCUCUCUCUCUCUCUCUCUCUCUCUUUCUCUUUUUACUCCCAUACCAUAGGAUGGUGCUCGUACGUAGCUCGUAAACCUCAGACGCCGUGCUUACGUUUAGUUUAGACUCGCUUAUACCGUAAGGACGGCCUUACACACAGUUUUCGCGAGGUGCAUCGUGCGCAGACCAGUUGCUCUUUCUCUUUCUUUUUUUUACGUAUAUAUAUAUAUAGAUAUACACACCUACACGUUUUUGUGAGUGCAAGAAAACAGAGAAAUAGCGAGAGGGAGAGAGAGAGAGAGAGAGAGAGAGAGACAGAUAGAGAAAAAGAGAGAGAAGGUGCAUUUGUACGAUCAUUUAUUAAGGUGAGUCUAGAUCGAAGUGUUCGGUGAAGGCUAACAAGACGAUCAGGACGAGUCUUUCUUUUCUUUUCUCUCUCUUUGACUGUGCCAUUCGUUGAAAUCACCAUUACUUCAUAUUCCCUUCGAUAUCUUAUUUUCUUUUUUUUUUUUUUUUUCUUUCUUUUUUUCUUGUUUCUUUUCUCCGAUAGUGACAGACAAAUUCGUUCUGUUUUGUUCUUUUUUUUUUUUGUUUUUUUUUUCUAUUAUCAAAUAUAAAAUCCUUGAUAUUUGAUCGAGAGAAAAAAUUUAAUCCUCUUGGUCAUCUUCUCUUGUCGUUUGUGUCAAUCGUCGUUAAAUAACCGAAAGAAAUAAUUUUUGGUGUCUCUGAUAGUGAGAAUCGAUUCAAGCGCAAGAUGGAUAACGUGUCCCGUGGAAACGGGUUUAAGCGUGAAAGUAAUCGAGGAAGCAGUUGAAGAGAAAGAAAGAGAGGGAAGGUAGAUGUUAGACGGGUAACAGCAACAGCAGCAGCGUGUUGAGACCCGUGCGAGUAAUGGCCCUACAUCUGAGGGGUAGCAAGGAUGUCAAGAAGAGCUCGUACUACGUUUGGUAUCUUGGUGCGAGGGAGGCCAAGGGUGUGGACGCGAUGCCCGGUGCCAUAGCUUACCUGCUCGAACGAGAACGACUUCAAGAACCUUUCAAGGUCACUUUACAGGUGAGCAGUAAGGGUCUGAAGAUCAUUCAAACUGUUCAUCCUGGUGGUUCUACUAGAUCAGCUGUGAAACAUUUGGUACCAGGUCAUGCUGUAUUGGCUGCUGUUCAACGAGAAGACAUCGUAGCAGCUACUUUGCUCUUACCAAAUCCUGCCACCAACAAUCCAGUUCAUGUUCAUGCAUAUAGAUGCGACUCGGUCGAGACAGCUGAAUUGUUGGGUGGACAACUGAAGGCAUUGGCGUCGCAAACAGAUAAUUUAGCAAGAGUAUCCUCUGGUGAAGGUAGAAUCCGAAGUAAUUUGGGUAGCGAUGGACGAAGUACAAGAGAAUCCGAAUCAUCUGAAGGUAGUGGAGAAUUGAAACAUGAUCCUAUCCAAACUACAACGAUAUACGAAUCAUUGGCAGCCGAAUUGAGAGCGAAAUUAGGUCGUGGAAAUUCAGGAGACAACGACGUUGGACCUAUAUUGUUACCACCACGUGACUAUGACACAGUUCACAGGCAUCGUGGUAACUUAGCUGGUAUCGAAUUUAGGCGUUGCUUAAAUCAAACCAUAGUGGGUGGUAGUACAACUGUUGAUCGAGGUGGUACAAGGAGUGCAGCUAGCAGUGGAAUUGGAUCGGAUAGUGCGGCUACUCCUCCACCGUAUCAAUCUCAUCAUCCUUUAGGUCCAAGACCUUCGAGACCUUCGAGAGAUUCCUCUUCUGAUGACGAUUGGGGCGCUGGUACAGAGGAAAGUCAUUAUUUCCCAGACGUGGAGACUACUGGUUCGAGUUUGACAUUACCAAGGCUACCUAGAAGUCCAGAAAGACAUCCAAUUCAGCAACAACCAACGAGAGGUAUAUCGCCUGGUUGUAAUAGAAAUCGUAGGGCACCAGAAUUGAGACAAAGAUCACCAAGUCCUCAGUAUCAGCCAAAAGUAAAUCCUGGAGAAGUGACGAGUCCAAGAGAGAGGUUCCAAGAUGCUAAAGAAAUGUUCAGGGCCAUGGAGAGGGAAGCUAUCGGUAGACCAGUCCUCUCCAGGCAGAGAGAGUCAGAUGGUCAUCAUCAUGUUCAUAGGGUGGAAUCAUCUAGACAAGUUCACGAGGAUCGUUCUAUUCGUUCACAUCAAACUAACGUGAAUUCUUCGCCUGCGCACGAUCAUCAACAAAUCAGACGAAGUCAUACCGAGCUUGAUCGAGAGAAUGAACUUGCUUAUCGAGCGAGACCAAGACCUAGAACUCAUCAUUAUGGAAUAGAUCAACCAUCUGAAUCGGAAACUACGACUAGGCCACGACCGAGAAGUUUUUAUGAAAAUCCAGUUGUUGGGAGAGAGUUUCGUGAACAGAGGAAUUCUAUCGAUCCUCGAGAAUCACGAGACUUUCGAGACCGAGCAUACACACGAGAAUUACGUGAAAAAGUUCGUGCAAGGGCAACGACUUAUCAGGAAUUAUCAGAACAUGAGAGAUACCCUGGACUCGAUCGUGAAAGUGCCAGACCACCGUUAGAAAUUGUCCCGACACCCGGUAGAUAUCGUCACAGCUAUGCAGAACCACCUAGACUUGGAUUAGCUGCGUUACAUCCUUACUGACGAAGUCAAUUAACAUUAAUGAUCGUUAAUUAACGAUGUCUUUCUUUUUUUUCUACUUUAUCGAUCGAUCGAUCGAGUUAGCAAUCGUUGAAGAUUUUUAUUUUUUUUUUUUUUUUUUUUUUUUAUUUUUUGAUCGUACCUUCUUCGUUCAAAAGAUGAAAAUAUUUCACAUCCAUUCUGAUCUGUAAACAAAUGAAAAAUUGUUGUUAAUAGUUAUGUUCAUUCGAAAUAACGAAUAGGAUCUUAUAUUAAUAUAGGAUUUUAAAUUUGAAAGAUAGAAUUAAAAUAUUUUCAUGACGAUCAAACGUCAUUCUCGUUAUAAUAAAUGAGGAAACUCUCGUUAAUGAAAGAGAGAGAGAGAGAGAGAGAGAGAGAGAGAGAGAGAGAGAGGGAUCAUUGUUGAUAAUUAACGUGAACUACAGAUUACGUAUUAUAUUGUUAUGCGCCAGAUGCCAGACUAACGAUAAUAAUAAUAAUAACAACAAAUUGUAAUAACUACAAUAACAGUAACAAUAAUAAUUUUAAUAACAAGUCAAUUUAUUCUCCAAGAUUUUCUCCUUUUUUAAUCCGAUUUCGAGGAUUUCGAUAAAUUUAUUUAUUCAAUGAAGAAAUCAUUGGAUAAUUCUUCUCACGAAAUACAAAGAAAGAAAGAGAGAGAGAGAGAGAGAGAGAGAGAGAGAGAGAGAGAGAGAGAGAGACAGAGAAAGAA